UAGCUAGGGCUAAGCUGACCUCCCCCACCCACCCUUCGCCGGCGGCUCCACCCCCUGCCAGAUUCCGUUCACCGAUAUAGGAGCCCGUUGGUUACACUUCCAAUUGCAUCGUCUUGGCCAUCAUUUGUAUACUCUUUGUUUUCUUCUCUGUGCUUGUUCGGGACCGUGUUCUUGAGAACCUCCCGUUGCCUUGGAACUUUGAGCUCUUCGAGAUGCCUAGAAGAACAGAGGAUGCUGAACCAGCUCAACCAAAAGAGUGCUUGGAGUUUGAUGAUAAUGAAGAGGAGGAGGUAGAAGAGGAAGAAAUUGAGUAUGAAGAAAUUGAGGAGGAGGUAGAGGAGGAGGUGGAGGAGGAUGAGGAUAUUUUAGAGGAAGUAGAGGAGGUAGAGGAGGAGGAGGAGGAAGACCCUGAAGAAAGAGAAGUUCUUGAUGAAACUGAUGCUAGUCAUGACAGUGACAGUAAAUCGGAAGGUGUUCCUCUUCCUCGGCAGGAUGGUGCCAAAGAUGGGAGCGAUCGAGAGAAGCAUGCUGAACUUCUUGCUCUUCCUCCUCAUGGAUCUGAAGUAUAUGUUGGGGGCAUCUCCAGCGAUGCAUCUUCUGAAGAUCUCAAGAAACUAUGUGAACCAAUUGGCGAAGUUGUGGAAGUAAGAAUAAUGCUGGGCAAGAAAGAUAGUAGGGGAUAUGCUUUUGUUACUUUCAGAACUAACGAUCUGGCUUUGAAGGCCAUCGAGAAAUUGAACAAUGCAACUUUCAAGGGAAAGAGGCUAAAAGUUUCUUCCUCCCAGGCUAAGAACAAGCUGUUUGUUGGAAAUGUACCUCACAGUUGGUCACAUGAUGAUUUCACAAAAGCAGUGAAAGAAGUUGGUCCUGGAGUAUUAAAAGUUGAUCUCAUUAAGGGCUCACAUACAGAUCGCAAUCGGGGUUAUGGUUUCGUUGAAUACUAUAAUAAUGCAUGCGCUGAGUAUUCAAGGCAGAAGAUGACUGCGCCAAAUUUCAAACUAGAUACAAAUGCUCCUAAUGUCAGCUGGGCAGAUCCUAAGAAUGGUGAUUCUACCUCUACAGGCUCUACUUCACAGGUCAAAUCUGUAUAUGUCAAAAACCUGCCCAAGAAUGUUACUCAAGGGCAGCUGAAAAAGCUGUUUGAGCGUCAUGGUGAAAUUAUAAAAAUUGUUCUCCCCCCUUCAAAAGAUGGUCAUGAUAAUAGGUAUGGUUUUGUUCACUUCAAGGACCGUCACAUGGCCAUGAAGGCUGUGAAGAGCACAGAGAAAUAUGAGCUUGACGGUCAGCUCCUGGACUGCUCACUUGCAAAACCUCCUGCCGAUAAAAAGGAUGAUACAGUAUCAGUGCCUAGUGCCAAAGGAGGUCCGCUGCUCCAUGCUCCACUUGGAUAUGGUAUGCCACGGCCAGAUCCUUAUGGCGCGCCUCCUGCUUACGGUGCACCUCCUGCUUAUGGUGGACAGCCUCUACUAUAUGCUCCCGGUGCUCCUCCAGGUGCAGCAAUGGUUCCAAUGCUUCUACCGGAUGGCCGUCUUGUAUAUGUUGUACAACAGCCUGGGGCACAGCAACAUUUUGCUUCCCCUCCACCCCAGGCGCGGCAGCAUCAGCAUUUCGUAUCUCCUCCGCCACAGGCACGGCAAAGUGGACGCCAUGGCGGCAGCGGUGGCGGUGGAGGCAGUGGUGGAUCAAGUAGGUCUGGGUCCGGUACGAAGCGCCCGAGGGGGGAUGACAACAACAGCAGCAGUCGCAACCGACAACGCCGGUAUUGAUGGUAGGAGGUGUAGGGGGUGCUUGGGUUCUAGCGCCAGCUAAUCCUCUAUUCUUAAAUAGUUGCAGCCCACUAUCUAUUUUUCCUCUUCAUGCAACUAUGCCACAUCAUCAAGUCAUGCAUGUAGUCAUGAGUUAUAAUUUAUGUACUAAUCUAUUCAUGCAGCCAACCAUGCAUGUUAAUUUGUCUCACUUAUUUUUAUGCGGGCAUAUACGGUCAUGUUACACUUUUGUAGCAUGACCUAUAUAUAUUUGUAUGUUAUACAUUUGGAGCGAGCAAACAUAUGUAGGUCAUAUGUUACACAUUUUGGUUAAAUAUGGCACAACCCAUUUGACUUCAA